AUGGAAUCCUCCGUGGAGCCUGGGAUGCCUUUGCCCAAAUACUGCAGCGUGGCCACCACCCUGGAGGUCCCCGCCUGGGCCGGCACUGCUCCUCCCUGGGACCUCGCCUUCACCGGCCCCUUUGCUCUCCAGGCACCCUGGCUCACCUGGCACCACCCGCUCCCCAGAUGUGCAUCUUAUCAACCCUAUCUCCACGUUGCUGACCCAGCAUGGCGGGGGCCCCGCUGGCUGGGGCGAGUGGGAGAUGCUGCUAACACAUGGGUCCUGGCGAAAAGGGAACCAGAUGGCUUUUACUACCGGGCUCAGAGAAAGCCUGCUCCCGAGCUGGAGAGGCAGGGGGUCCUGCUUGUGGAAUUCGAGGACCCCCUCGUCACAGGCCCGGAGCUCCCUGCCCAGCAGCCGAGUGUGGUCUUAGGAGAAGAUGUCAUUCAGUUCUUGCCGUCCACAGAAUACUUGCUGCAACCUGGGGACAAGGUGCUGGCACCCUGGGAGCCAGACAGACAGCGGUAUGGCCCUGCCACUGUCUUAGGCUUGGAGGCAAGAGAUCCCCAGAGAGCCUCCAAAGAAGAAAUUACUGUUCACUUCUGGAAUGGCAAGACAGCUACAGUGCCUCUAGGUGGGGUCAGGUGGGUGCCCCCCGCUGUCUGGAAGAAGGCUGUGGAGCGGCUGCACCGGCCUUUGACCAGGGAGCACCCCAGCGCCCUCCUCGGGGCCCCUCGCUGCUCUCUGCUGGGGCCGGGCACUGGAUGCAUCACCUAUGGGCUUCCGCAGGGCCCCCCGUACCUGUGCCCUCACAGCCAGCUGCUGUGCCAGGGCUGCCUCGGCUGCCCUUUGGCCGGACCCGCCUGGUGGCCUCUAGCCCGGACCUUGGGGGUCACAGCCAGGGAACAUCCAGAGGCAGAGCGGAAGCCCACAGCGCAGCUACUGCCCCUGGAGGCUCCUAAAGAGGAGGAAGUGGCCGUGCCAGCUCCCAUAGCAGUUUCCUCCUCCUCCUCCUCCUCCUCCUCGUCUGAAGAGGAUUUGGAGAAAGGCCCGGAGAUGGGCCCCCCUCAGAGGCUGAUGGUGGACAGCACAGUCGACACAGACCCCGUCCCUCUUAAGAAGACUCCGAGGAGGCCGGGCAGCCUCUGCCAGCCCGAGGGGAGGUACUGGAGGAGAGACGGGCCUGCGCCGCGGCCUGGGAAGCCAGGUUUAGGAAAAAGAUGUUGCAACGUCCAGACUGAAGUGAAGGGCAACAAACAACAAAGAGAACAAACUGUGAUAGUGGGGAACACCAAGGAGCUGGUCCUGGAAGCAACUAGUGGGAAGCCACCGCAGAUCCUGCCAGAGAAAGCCGAAAGCAGGAAACCAGGCCAGGGCGCGGCUGCCACACGCCAGAGAGGCCAGAGCUCCUCCGACUAA